AUGUCAUUAUCUAGGCUGCUACGAUAUAACCAGAGAAACAAUAAGACAACGGCUUCUCUAACAGCAGAGCAUGCCUUUUCCGAUGAAUGGGCCCCCUCUGCUUUGUUGAACGAUUCUGUCAACAUUGAUAUAAACAUGGCCGCUAAGACUGGCGAAGCGCUGAAUGGGUCAUAUAAUUCCGUUUCGUCUUCUUUGCCUGAGCAGAAUAUGCUAAGGACAGGUUGUACAAAAUCUUUUCAAGACGACGAGGGCGUUGAAUUGCAGAAGCUGACCACAUGCUGGAUGGCGAAAAUUGACACGGAGAUGCCCGAAAACAUAUCCAAGAUCGACUCAAAUAUCAUUUCCUCUCCCGUGGUCAGUCAGGUUGAGGCAAGAUUCAUUGUCCCCAGAGACAAAUUGAGGAAAAACUACGUCGAUUUUGCGACAUCUUUCGCGAACUCGCUAAGUUUACCUAAGAGUUACAGCAAAUUUUUUUUUUUUGCAUCCAAGAAAAGCAAAAGCAUUACCAAAAAGCACCAAUCUAGUGACGUCGGUGAUUGUCCUGACGACGACCAUUUUUCCGCCAGAAAUGAUCACGAUCUCCCAAUUACUACAACCACGAUGGUAUGCGACGAAAUUGCCUCCACUUCUCCGCAGCAUGAAUAUGGAGUCUACGGUCAGGACGGAGUAUGUACUACUCAUGUCUAUUCCCUCGAGGACUCAAUCUCUUCCCUUUCCACCAAUCCUCUCGACGAUACGUAUUCAGAAGCCGUUCAUAUAAACACAAGACAUAUUGAGAACACCGAGAGUACUACACACUCAAGAAAGUCCUCCUAUACAACGUCGUUAUCGAACAUCAAACGUCUUUUCAAAAUAUCAUCUUUUAACAACCACAAUAAUAAGUUGUAUGAUCCCGCAAGCACUAUAGCGGACGAUUAUGCCAUUGCGUCGUCCUUGAAUGAAACCACCUCUUCCUAUGUUUCAACCGCAUCAUUUUCUGUCAUGAGCGAGAAUGAAGACAGCGAUAGGGAUCAUGUCAUCCAGGCCUUAUAUAGCAAUAUUGAGGCAUCCACUGAUUUGGUUUCCAAGAAAUACAAAGACCUGAACGUUGUUCUUGGUGAAGGUUCAGGCGGUAAAGUGAAACUGGUUCAACGGGUUUUGGAUAACAAAGUAUACGCACUAAAGGAGUAUCGAUCCAAGAAAAAAAAAGAAUCUGAGAGGAAUUAUAUCAAGAAAGUAAUAUCCGAAUAUUGUAUUGCAUCCACUUUGAAAAACCCGAAUAUUUGUGAGACUUUGGAAAUACUGUAUGAAGAUGGUAAAAUUUUCCAGAUUCUGGAGUAUUGCGAAUACGAUUUAUUCGCUUUGGUUAUGAGUGAAAAAAUGCAAUAUGAUGAGAUAUGCUGUCUUUUCAAACAGCUUAUCAAUGGCGUAAAAUACCUGCACGAUAUCGGUCUUUCUCAUCGUGACUUGAAACUAGAUAAUUGUGUUGUGACGCGGAAAGGAAUCUUGAAGUUGAUUGACUUUGGCGCCUCCAGUGUCUUCCACUAUCCAUUUUCCUCGCGGUUGAUUGAAGCAAAUGGAAUUGUUGGUAGCGACCCCUACCUAUCGCCAGAAGUCUUUUAUUUUGAAGAAUACGAUCCAAGAGCACUCGACAUUUGGUCUAUUGGGAUAAUCUUCUUCUGCAUGAUAACCAGAAGGUUCCCUUGGAAGUAUCCUAAAGUUAAGGAUGAUCAAUUCAAAGCAUUCUGUUCAGGAAGAGGUGUGCCAUCUUUCAAUGAGCUAGUGACAAGACCCGCUGCCGAUGACGAGAAUCAGUAUGAUGAUGGCUACGAAGAAGGAGUCAUCGAUAUGGGUCCCAAUUUCCUUUUGCACAGACUCCCCGAGGAAAGCCACACCAUAAUGAGGCGUGUACUGGAAAUUUCACCUUUCAAGAGAACUACUGUAAACAAGAUACUGCAGGAUGACUGGGUCAAAGGAAUAGAAAUGUGCCAAGUGGUGGGUCUGGCGGGCCCAGAUGAGGCAUCACCUGAAAUCAUAAACAAUGGAGAUCAUAUCCAUACUAGUAUUGACCAACGAUACGCCCAUAUCGGUAGUCUGCAUCAACAAACAUAA